AUGAAUGAAAACCAUUAAGGUUGUGUAAGUAAUUGAGAUCAUAAACAACCUGAAGAGAUUUUGUUGCAGAUAAUUCUCUUCAAAGGCAUCAUGGCAAGCGCAGGAUCAUCAUUUCCGGGUUCAACCAACUCUCUUUCUGUUAUCGGGCCUCAGUACUGCACCCCGUACCCGAUCGACCUACGAAUAGUGAAGAAGGUCAUGACAAUCAGUGACGGUAACUUUGUUGUCACGGACUCCGCCGGCAAUAUUCUGUUCAAGGUGAAGGGGGUGCUCCUGACCUUCAUUCAUCAGCGAAGGCACCUGCUUGAUGCCGCAGGAAUCCCUAUCGUCACCCUGCAAUCAAAGGCAAUGACUGCACAUUGUAGGUGGCAAGCGUUCAGGGGUGAAAGCAAUGACCCGAACAAUCUGAUGUUCAGUGCAAAGACUUCUUCCAUCUUAUUUGUCAAGACCAAAUUGCACGUCUUCUUGGCCCACAACACCAAAGAGGACGUCUGCGAUUUCAGAGUCGAAGGGAGCUGGCUCGAGAGGUCGUGCAAGAUCUACAUUGGAGAGUCUUCGACCGUUAUUGCGGAGAUGCACAAGAAACACACGCUUCAGAGCAUCUUGGUCGGGAAGGACAAUUACAUGGUCACUGUGCAUCCCAACAUUGAUUACGCCUUCAUCGUCGCACUCAUUGUGAUUCUUGACGAGAUUAAUCACACGGGUCAACAGAGCUAGUUGACCCCAGGCCAGAGGAUGUCUUUUAAUUUAAAAUGCUGCAUGUAGAGAUGCAGAUCAAGAAAAUUGAGUGCACGCUUGUCUUGGACACUAUUUCUUGUAUUUUUAUGAGUGGUGUUGAGAUAUGUUGUUUCACGUAAAAAAAUUUAGAAAUAAAUCACAAGCUUAUAUGAAGUUUCGAUUCAUGAACCUAUUAGCUUAAGUUUUUGGAUUGUAAAUGGACUCAAAUCCGUAUAUACCAAAGUGAGAAUUUUUUCAUGGUA